AUGAGGUGGGAGAACCAGAGCACUGUGUCUGAAUUCCUCCUGCUGGGGCUCCCCAUCCGGCCAGAGCAGCAGGGCGUGUUCUUUGCCCUGUUCCUGGGCAUGUACCUCACCACGGUGCUGGGGAACCUGCUCAUCAUCCUGCUCAUCAGGCUGGACUCUCGCCUCCACACCCCCAUGUACUUCUUCCUCAGCCACUUGGCCCUCACUGAUGUGUCCUUUUCAUCUGUCACUGUCCCAAAGAUGUUAAUAAACAUACAGUCUGGAGAUCAAUCCAUCCCCUAUUCAGGGUGCAUAGCACAGAUGUAUUUUUUCAUAUUUUUUACAGACCUGGACAAUUUCCUUCUCACCUCAAUGGCAUAUGAUCGGUAUGUGGCCAUCUGUCACCCCCUCCAUUACACCACCAUCAUGAGGCAAGAGUUGUGUACCCUAUUAGUGGCUAUGUCUUGGAUCCUCUCCUGUGCCAGCGCCCUGUCUCACACACUCCUCCUGGCUCGUUUGUCCUUCUGUGAUGAUAACAUCAUAUCUCACUUCUUCUGUGACCUUGCAGCCCUGCUCAAGCUGUCUUGCUCAGAUAUCUCCCUUAAUGAGAUGAUCAUUUUCACAGUGGGAGUGGCAGUCAUCACUAUCCCAUUACUAUGCAUCCUUAUCUCUUAUGGCCACAUAGGAACCACCAUCAUGAAGGUCCCAUCUACCAAAGGGGUCUGCAAAGCCUUAUCCACCUGUGGCUCCCACCUUUCUGUCGUGUCUCUAUAUUAUGGAACAAUUAUUGGAGUAUAUUUUUUCCCCUCAUCCAACAAGUCCAAUGGCAAGGACAUAAUCGCUUCUGUGAUGUACACAGUAGUCACUCCUUUGCUAAACCCUUUCAUUUAUAGCCUAAGGAACAGGGACAUAAAAGGUGCCCUGGAGAAACUUUUUGAUAAGGCAACAAUCUCUUCUUAA